GGUUGGAAAAAGGCACGGAGUCAAGGAGGCCCGGCCGGGAUGGUCCUCGGCGGCGCCGGGAGACCAUGGCCCUGCGGAGGCCGUCGCGGGACAACGGCGGGCGAGAUUGUGAUUCAAAGAAGAAAAGGAAAGAAGCUGAGAUCUAUCAGGCCCUGAGCAGUGACCCUGUUGAUGUUGCUGCCCUCAGGCGCAUGGCGAUUAGCGAAGGGGGUCUCCUGAUGGACGAGAUUCGCUGCAGAGUGUGGCCAAAGUUGCUUAAUGUGAACACAGAGGACUUGCCACCUCCGCCAGGAGAGGAACUUCGAGAAGACAAUAAAGAUUACCAGCAAGUGCUGUUGGAUGUGAGGCGAUCCCUCCGCCGCUUCCCUCCAGGGAUGCCGGAUGAGCAGAGGGAGGGGCUGCAGGAAGAGCUGAUUGACAGCAUCCUGCAGGUGUUGCACAGCAACCCACAGCUGCACUACUACCAAGGCUACCAUGACAUCGUGGUGACGUUUCUGCUCGUGGUUGGGGAGAGACUGGCAACCGCCCUCGUGGAAAAGCUUUCGACCCAUCACCUCAGGGAUUUUAUGGACCCAACAAUGGACAACACCAAGCACAUCUUAAACUACCUGAUGCCCAUUAUAGACCAGGUGAAUCCAGAACUGCACGAUUUCAUGCAGAGUGCUGAAGUGGGGACCAUCUUUGCACUCAGUUGGCUGAUCACAUGGUUUGGACACGUCCUCUCUGACUUCAGACAUGUGGUGCGGUUGUAUGACUUCUUCCUAGCCUGUCACCCGCUGAUGCCCAUCUACUUUGCAGCAGUGAUUGUGCUCCAUCGGGCGCCGGAAGUUUUAGCCUGCGAGUGUGACAUGGCUUCCGUCCACCAUCUCUUGUCACAGAUCCCGCAGGACCUUCCGUACGAGACUCUGAUCAGUCGCGCCGGGGACCUUUUCGUGCAGUUCCCUCCGUCGGAACUGGCCCGGGCAGCUGCUCAGCAGCAAGCGGAAAGAACGGCUGCUUCCACCUUCAAAGACUUUGAGCUGGCUUCGGCCCAGCAGCGGCCCGACACCGUUCUCCGGCAGCGCCUCAGAGAUCGGCUCCGUACCGAGGAGCGGGCGAAGUUGCUCCUGGCGACCAAACCGAGGACCAACCGUUUUGUCAAGCUGGCGGUGAUGGGGCUGACGGUGGCCCUGGGUGCCGCGGCGCUGGCCGUGGUGAAGAGCGCGCUUGAGUGGGCACCCAAAUUCGAGCUGCAGAUAUUCCCCUGACCGCCAAGCAGGAAGUUCCCCUCUGUCGCAUUAUGCUUGGGUGCCCGUGUCUGCAGAAGGAAAACUGGGCUUUCCGUGGUCUGCUCCCCUUCCUGCCCCCAGGUCCGGCCCUGCUGCGAUUCCGCUUUCCAGCCCCUGAGUGUUGACCACCCUUCUGUUCUCCUUCCCAAGCACCCAGAAUUUCUUAGGCGUGUCUUCGUCGGGAAAGCGUGAAGGAGCCUUGGGCUGCUACCAGGCUGGAGUGCCUCAACUUUGCUGGGUUUCCUGCCCAGUUGGUGGACUUGUAACCUGGUAGUGACUGAGCAGUUGCCGCUCCAUGGCUGUUCCCUUCUCCCUUCACCUGCUUGGUGAAAUGGGAGAGGAAGCAACACGGAGUAUUUUCAGGGAAAGUGUUUGUUGCUUCUGAAAUAUUAACUGGAACGGAGUGACGGGAGGCGGCAUGCCUGGGAUACAUUUUCAGAGGUGUUCUCCCCUUCUUUGCCUCACGACUCUUUGGUGGCCUGCAUUUCCAAAUCUGGAAGUGGGUGGGCAAAACUCUAGGACCCAGCUAGACUCCUGCUUGUUUCUGCUGUUGAGGUCUACUACAAAUUGGUUAAUGUUGUUAUUUCUCCAGGCUGGCAGGCAUGCAGCUGAAACAGAGUGUGUAUGAAUAGGUUCAGUUUUGGGGAAGAGGGUAGCUGUCAUACAGCUGCACUCCACAGAACUACCUAUUUUGGCCGGGAUUGAUAGUACUUUUGCACCUCUGAAUAUGUUCCAUCGUGACUCUCAAAGUUGUUUUAUGUUUCUACAAUCU